AAGUAUGUUGUACAAGGAAUUUGACUCUGGUUUCUAGUGGCUCUUAAUGUACUUACACACAACAAUCUUCAGAAAAAUACACAAGGACAACAAGCUGAACAAAGAUAAUUAAACAUAUAAAAUCACAAUUAUGCACAAGCAAAUGGGUGAAAAAAUAGAUACUCGUUUUGCUCAUUUUCCUGCAUUUCUCGUGAUUUUCCCCGCGUGUGGAGCUUAUUUUAGGUGCAAAAAUGAAUUUCUUUCAUUGCAUGGCUACCAGAUGAUCACUUGUUAUUUUCAAGGAGUGAUUUUAUAGCCUAUUGAAGGAAGUUUGGUAUUUUCCAGUGGGGUGUUUUUUUUUGCUCUCAAAAUAGAGCUACUUUCCUCUAAUAAAAAAAACGAUAUUAUAGAACACAUUGCAGGAGAAAAAAAUACAAGUGCCUAUUCUAUUAGAGAUUAAACAUACUGUGAAGUGUGGAAAAAUCCCCACUAGAUGAUUGCAGGCAGUUUAGUCCCUGCAGGACUAUGACGGGAACAUGAUUUCGCGUUAUACAGAGGGAUGUCCCGGUGCAUCGGCGAAUGUGAAUGCAGGCAGCGCAUGAAUAUUAUCUCCAGCAUGCCACUUCGGAAGUAGGUCACCGCUCACCGAUUUGUUCACCAUGUCUCCGGCUACUGUGGGCUGCUCGGUCCGCGGAUCGCUCCCCAGGUCGACACACGGAGCCCGAAACUGACCACCAGAAAACUGGACUUGAUUUUUUUUUUUUUUUUUUUUAAUUUUUUUCCCCUCUUCAUUCCCGACGGGACACACAAGAGAGUGUAUGGACCCAAGUGAUGAUCCGUGAUGAUGCUCGCUGAAGGGCCUCUUUGAGCUCAAACGCGCCAUCGUAUCACCCCGUGGAUGAAGAGGUGGUGGAUCUGCCCCAGGACAAGAUCAUGGUGAAAGCUCAGCGGAACCAGCCAGUGAAAGGCAGGACGCCCCGGAGGGAGAAGGGAAGCAAGGAAAAAAGAGGCGGUGUGAAAAAAGGGAAGGAGGGAAAGAAUGAGCUGAGAGGAAAGAAACAGAAGGAUAAGAAGGAAUCACACAGACGUAAGAAGAAGACAUUGGCAGUUGGCGAUGGAGAUGCACUGGACUGCUGUGUCCUGCUCACCCGUCUGGAGGAGAAAAGGGUUGUGGGUAAAGUAAAGGAUGUACCAAAAACUGGGAAACAAAAGAGCAUUAAAGUCAAAAAGAAGCUGCACUCCAGCUCCACUCAAAGAAAGACCAAAUGUGGUAAAUCUGGACUCAAGAAGACUUCCACAGCCAAUCAGAAAGCACUGGAACCAAAAAUCAACCAAUCUGGCGCCUUACUCAUGUUGCCCACGCCCGUCUUUGAGCCUCGCAGGCGGAGAAUGGCCUCUCUUAAUGCUGAGGCUGUCAAUAGCUUGCUGCUCUACAGAGACGAUUCUCUCACAUCACAUCUCAUGAAGAAACGGCAGCCUUCCAAUGAAGAUUCCACUAAAGAUAGUCUCGCUAAAACUGAACAUAGAGAUCAUAAAACCAAAAAGGUUCCUCCAGGAGUGAAAGCAGACUUCAAAGAAAGACCUAAAAAACAGAAGCGGUCAGCAACGGAGGCUCAGAGCAUCGACUGGUUGAGUUUGUUUGCGCCGACGCCUCGGCGUCAGGCAGGCCUCACUGCUGCAACGCUGCUCAAACUCACCAGUGCCCAGUACGGGACCAAGCGGCAAAAAAAGCCAGAGUCCAAGAAAACGAGUGAAAGUGAAGCUACAGCUAUGACUCAGGAUGAGAUUAGCGGUAAGCCUGUGUGUGGAGGAACAACACAGACCAAAAGAACAACACAUCCAAAACAUGACGAGCAACUUAAGCACAGAAAACAGGGUACAGAGGAUCCGGUCCAUUCCCAGCUGGGCUCUACUGUCCAGGGAUGCUGUAGUUUAUGUAGGACAGAGGCUUUGGAUCCAGAGUGGAAGGGUGCCUCAGGGGGGCAGGAGUGUCUCAAACAUGCGCUGCACCAUGGCUCCACGCUGGGAUUCUCCUUAAAAACAAUCAAAGAGGAGCAGGUAGAGACCGAGGUGUCUUCCUGCUACUGCUGCUCCCAGGAGAGGUGUGUUGAGUACUGUCACAGACUGGCCCUCUUCCUGGAGGACAAGACCUUCAAGGAACCCGAGGACGGUUCUGUUUCAGAGGUGUUCCACCACCACCACCACCACCAUCAUCAUCAUCACCACCAUCUCCAGUCCCCUCACUCCGUAUCCCACCCAGCAGCCAUAACCAUCAGCCCACACUCAUACACCUGUUUCCCUAGCUACUGCGUUCACUUCAGCCGCCCGGACACCUCAUCCUCCUCCAUACCACCCCUCACUUUAUGCCCAAGGAGCGGCAAGAGACCCAAGCUGCUCCCCAGCUCUGGUCCACAGCCCUCAGGGAUUUCCCAUCCAGUAUACUGCUGCACCUCAGUGGAGGCGUGCUACGGAGAGCCCUGCAGGAUCAAUGGCUACUCCGCCUAUACCAGUGUGAUUCCAGCCAUCGCUAGAGGAGGCUGCUCCUUCAGCCCUGCAGACUGCACCAAAUGUAACCAUGGCAUCAAAAGAGAUGAUUAUUCAUCAACCCUCAAUGACCAUCACAGCCCCUCCUCCAUCCCCAUCUGUCCCAGCCCAAGAAUACUCACUGGAUGCCCCAUUCCCACUGUGCCUCCAGCCGGCCAAUCAGUGCCCCACGUUCAGACUCCGCUGUCCGACCCCAGCCAACCCCAGCCUCCGCUGCAGGUGGCGAAGGAGUGUCCGCAGAGUGCCAAGCAGCCCAGCGGGUCGAGGUCUGGCGCGCGCAGCACCGGCAGCAUCAGCUCGGCUGUCUGCCCUCUCAACAGGGAAAAGAAACAGAAGCUCAGCUCUGCCAGCAUUGGAGGGCGAACGGUUGCCAAGCAGCUGAAGAACGGCCGCCAAAAAACCACCAACGGCUGGCGGCCAGUUGGCCUGCCCUUUCAGAAGGAGGUUUUCUCUGUGGGAGAGGAGGCUCUGGUGCUGAGGAAGUGUUUCGAGGGAGUCCAGAGGGACGGGGAGCUGAUUCGGGUCAGAGACACUGUUCUACUGAAAUCUGGACCUAGGAAAAAGACUCUGCCUUACGUGGCCAAGAUCUCAGCUCUGUGGGAAGAGCCAGAGUCAGGAGAGUUGAUGAUGAGUUUGUUUUGGUACUACCGUCCAGAACACACACAGGGGGGACGAAACCCUAGUGUACAUUGUGAGAAUGAGAUCUUUGCGUCUCGUCACCAGGAUGUGAACAGUGUGGCCUGUAUUGAAGACAAAUGCUAUGUCCUAACAUUGGCACAGUAUUGCCGAUUUUGUGCCUUGGUAAAACGCCGUAGGGAGGGCGUACGCGACAGCGCCGCCUCCCUCGUGGUGCCACCUGUUGUUGGCAACACCAUGCCCACCCACCACUGUGUGCCCGAUGACGUCGACCCAGAGCUGGUGUUUUUCUGUCGACAUGUCUAUGACUUCCGCUACGGACGCCUCCUCAAGAACCUGCAGUAGCUUCUGACAGGGCAUCACACAUGCAGUAUGCUACGGGACGUGAGAUAAUGUUACUCUGGUUUCAUCCUCCACAAUUUUAAUUAGCUACAUACCUACCUGCUGCUUCUGUGAGAGAGGAACUGGAAGUUUAGGAUGAAGGAUUUAGAGAUGAGCUUCUUUUGUUUUGAAAUUUCAUAUUUACAUGCCACACAUUUAUGAAAUAAGAAUAAUGGUCUGAUGUGUUGUGUAAGAGUUAUUAUGGCAGUGUAAAUGGUCUUAAUCAUACUGGUGUUGUAGCAGCUGUGUGCAGAACCUGGAACUUAAUCUGCUGUAGAAAAUGCUACUGUAGCUUGUAGACAUGUGAGAUUUCAUAGAUAUGAAGAGAGGUCGGUGUUACAUGUUGAAUAAUGUUACUAUCUGCCUGACAGACAAAGUGUCUCAAUGAUACGCCAUAGACAAAGAAUAUUUGAGGCAUAUCUGCCACAGCGGUUCUUGUGAAGAAAAGAGAAACCAAGAGAGAGAUUUCUGACUGGCUGAAGACUUGAUCACAUUUGUCAUUGGACUCCUCUGUAAUUUACAGUUGCUCGGUAUCUGUCUGUGAAUGUAGGAACAUGCAGUUUCCUACAAGGCACUCUAUAGUGAAGCUUUACAAAAAAGCUCAAAAGCAUUUUUUAAGGAAUAGUUUUGGGAACGUGCUUUUAGGAAUAGCUUAGUUUAGCACAAAGACUGGUUUGGACAUAAUCAGAAUAGCUGUUUUCCUGUGUUUCCAUUCUUUAUGCUAAGCUAAGCUAACUAGCUGCUGGUUCUAGUAUUUGCAAUAUUCACCAUAUAGACAUGGAAGUGGUGUUGAUCUUCUUAUCUACAGUAAAUCUGUGCAAGAAAUCUAUUGUAAGGUUGUAACUAACAAUUAUUUUCAUUGCAGAUUGAUCUGCUAGUUGUUUUCUCAAAUAAUCAGUUAGUCGUUUGGUCUAUAAAACGUCAGAAAAAGUUGAAAAUGCUCAUCACAAUAUCCUAGAGUACAAGGUCAGGUCAUCAAAUGUCUUGUUUUCCAAAACUGAAAAUGUCCAAUUUACAAAUGUAAGACCAAGAAAAACAGUGAUUUCUCACAUUUGAGAACCUGGAACUAUCAAAAGUUUGGCAUCAUUGCGUGAAUGACUAAUCAAUUAAUCAACUAAUCGUUGCAUUUCUAAACUAUUCCUUUUAAAUUUUCCAUAUUCAUGUAAUUGUGAUUGACUCUGAGGUCGUUGAGGAACAUGUCCGAAACCCUGAACGCAGCUGUGAGGAAAGUUGUUGAUCAAAAGGUUUGAUUAAAGGUGCAGUGUGUAGAAUUUAGAGGCAUCAACCAGAAUGGACUUGGCAUAAAUGGAACAUAAUAUUCAUAAGUAUGUUCUAAUUAGUGUAUAAUCACCAGAAAAUAAGAAUUGUUAUGUCUUCGUUACCU